GGCGGACGGCGGGGCGGGCACAGGAUGAGGGCGGCCAUUGCUAGGGCUCCGCCGCGGGGAGGAGGACGCUGAGGAGGCGCCGAGGAGCGCAGCGCUGCGGGGGAGGCGCCCGCGCCGACGCGGGGCCCAUGGCCAGGACCACCAGCCAGCUGAUGGGAGUCUUGCUACGUUGCCCUGGUGAUCCUUCUGGCUCAGUCCUGUGAAGUGCUGGGAUUAUAGGCUGAUAUGUUAAAGCAGUUACACGGCAUCCUGACCAUAGAAGACCUUAAUUUUGCUCUUGAUUCCCUUGUAUGACACCGUUCCUAUCCAGUCCAGCGUGGUGUUAUGUGCCUGCCCAUCCCCAUCAAUGGUGAGGACACAGACCGAGUCUGGCACAGCUCCCAGUGUUCCCAGUGGUGGCAUCAGGCAGGGCUCCACCAUGGAUGGCACCACAGCCGAGUCCCGGCCAAGUGCCAACCCCCUGCAGCAUGCUGCCCAGCCGCCACCACAGCCUCGAAAGAAACGGCCUGAAGACUUCAAGUUUGGGAAAAUUCUUGGCGAGGGUUCUUUUUCGACAGUUGUCCUGGCCCGAGAACUAGCCACCUCUCGAGAAUAUGCUAUUAAAAUUCUGGAGAAACGUCAUAUUAUAAAAGAAAACAAGGUCCCGUAUGUAACCAGAGAGCGAGAUGUGAUGUCACGCCUGGAUCACCCUUUCUUCGUUAAGCUUUACUUCACAUUUCAGGAUGAUGAAAAGCUGUACUUUGGCCUUAGCUAUGCCAAAAAUGGGGAAUUACUUAAGUACAUCCGCAAAAUUGGUUCAUUUGAUGAGACCUGCACUCGAUUUUAUACUGCUGAGAUCGUGUCGGCCCUUGAGUACCUGCAUGGCAAAGGCAUCAUUCACAGGGACCUUAAACCAGAAAAUAUUUUGUUAAAUGAAGACAUGCACAUCCAGAUCACAGAUUUUGGAACAGCAAAAGUUUUGUCCCCAGAGAGCAAACAAGCCAGGGCCAACUCAUUCGUAGGAACAGCACAGUAUGUUUCUCCAGAGCUGCUCACAGAGAAGUCGGCCUGUAAGAGUUCAGACCUUUGGGCUCUUGGAUGUAUAAUAUACCAGCUGGUGGCAGGACUCCCACCAUUCCGAGCCGGAAAUGAGUAUCUUAUAUUUCAGAAGAUCAUUAAGUUGGAAUAUGACUUCCCAGAAAAAUUCUUCCCUAAAGCAAGAGACCUUGUGGAAAAACUCUUGGUUUUGGAUGCCACAAAGCGGUUAGGCUGUGAAGAGAUGGAAGGGUACGAACCUCUCAAGGCUCAUUCAUUCUUUGAAUCCAUCACGUGGGAGAAUCUGCACCAGCAGACACCCCCAAAGCUCACAGCUUACUUGCCAGCCAUGUCAGAGGACGACGAGGACUGUUACGGCAAUUAUGAUAAUCUCCUGAGCCAGUUUGGCUGCAUGCAAGUUUCAUCAUCCUCCUCUUCCCAUUCCCUGUCUGCAGUGGAUGCCAGCCUGCCCCAUAGGUCAGGCAGCAAUAUAGAGCAGUACAUCCAUGAUUUGGACACUAACUCUUUUGAACUGGACUUACAGUUUUCUGAAGAUGAGAAGAGGUUAUUAUUGGAGAAGCAGGCCAGUGGAAACCCCUGGCAUCAGUUUGUAGAAAAUAAUUUAAUACUAAAAAUGGGUCCAGUGGAUAAGCGAAAGGGGUUGUUUGCACGAAGACGACAGUUGUUGCUCACAGAAGGGCCACAUUUAUAUUAUGUUGAUCCUGUCAACAAGGUCCUGAAAGGUGAAAUUCCAUGGUCACAAGAACUCCGACCAGAAGCCAAGAAUUUUAAAACUUUCUUUGUCCAUACGCCUAACAGGACAUAUUACCUGAUGGAUCCAAGCGGGAAUGCUCACAAGUGGUGCAGAAAGAUCCAGGAGGUUUGGAGGCAGCGAUACCAGAGCCACCCGGACGCCACUGUGCAGUGACACAGCCUGCGGCCGGGCUGCCCCUUGCUGCCAGGACACCUGCCCCAGUGCGGCUCGGCCGCCACCCAGGACUCUUCCAGACCACCUGCCGGCCAUCUCAAGGAGAACACAGAAGGCAGAAACCUUGCAGCUUUUUUUAUUUAAAAGAAGAAGAAGAAGAGAAAAAAAAAAAAAAAACAAUCACAUAGAGAACAAAACCAAUAACAAACAGGAAUUCAGGGUCACUUUGCUUGUUCCCUGUGCUCUGUGGAGGCUCCCACAUGCUCUUGUGAUCAGGGGGACCCCGCCCCAUGCACGGCAGCCCAGUUCCCAACCAGACCAGUGGCCAGACUUGGUGUCACUAGCUCCUCCCAACAUCUGUUGGAACCAUGCACCUGCCUCCACCCCGCCCUACCUGCCAUGCACUACUACUGCUGUGGCCAAGGAACCUGGUGUGUCAUCCUAUUGUUGGCUGGUAUCCCCCUCCUUUCACCCAGGAGCCUCUGCAUACCUCUGUUGGGUCAGCCACCAGCUCUCUGGGCAUUGGCUUUUUUAGCUUUGUGUGUGCGUGCGUGCGUGCACUGCCUUUCUUUUCUGUGUCUCUCCUGUAUGCUCCUCUUGUGCCUCCCGGAUUGGCUCUAGUGGCAAAAUAUCUACAGUCUUUGUCUCUGGCAGACAAACUGCUGAGGUCAGGAGGGGCCAGACUGCCACAGUUGAAGAGCACCCUUAACUUCCACCUUCUAGCAGUGUCCAUCAGUGGAACUGGAUACCAAGCCAAACUGACAGGAGGAAUGCUAUCAGUUACAGAAGCCUAGUUAGCACCUAGGUGGGUGUUUUCCUAAGAACACAAAGUCCUUCCCUGUAUGAGGAUGAGGCCAGAAGAUACCGCAGAGGAACCAGCCAGAGCAACCUGAGCUGAUGGCCACUAGGUAAAGGAUUGAGGCCUCUGGCCUUUCUGAGAGUCUGAAAAGGUUUAAAUGUAUAGCUCUCUGCCGAGUGAGGUGUGUGCUGAGAGAAAAUCAUGGUGUUUGCAGCCCUGGGGUGCUUUAGUCUCAUGGCUAGCCUCACAUGCUCCUUGUUUUUGUUGUGGCUAAACCCUUCUCAAAUUUAACUCAGUUUCUGUUUCUGUGUAGAACGAAACACGUCACAUUGGCUAGUCACCUGGUCCCAUAGGGUGGACUUUGCUUGGGAAAAAGUGUUACUCACUGUUGCCCGGAACUCAAGAAAACCCAUUAAAUCUGAGCCUGCCCAGUCUGGCAUCUUUUGCCAGUUUUAGGGCCUCUUCCUUUGAUGCUUUAGUGGGAGUGCUCUGCUUUAUAAUACAACCUAGGAUGUGUCAGUUCCUUACUUUGCUUUAUUAUUCUUAGGAAGAGUGCUCUAGAGGAGUCCAGUUGUGCCUCGUCCUGCAUAGGUAGCCCCUAGAAUGGCCAUUAAUCCCUCAGGGAGAGGAGCAGGUACCUGCCUUUCCAAUCUACCCACAGAUAUGUCUCUGACUGCCAUGUCCCCAAGGCAAGAACAACUUUGUCAUUUCUGUAGAUUUUUCACAAAGGCACCAGCAAAAGGCUCACACAGAAAAGAUCCCUUCACCUCCUGUCUCCAAUGACCAUUGAUUACCCGGUGUCCUUGACCUGUUUAUUUCCCAAACUGGUUUAAUGAUAAAAAUGGCUUUUCUUAAGCUGGGGAGGGAUAUAGAUGUGGGUGUGCUAUUGUCCUGGGGCACAGACACUGGGUGGAAGCUGAGACUGCUCCCUAGGCUUUGCUAGCCAUUUCUGUUGAGUUUUAUUCAAACUAGCAUGUGUUAGGGCCCCACUGGCCCUGGGGCACUCUAGGGAGCAGGACCCAGCCCUGGCUCAUGGCCGCAUGGCCAGGCCCCUUUUCUCCUACGUUGUGGCAAGAUUUGCCCAUGUUGGGUGAGCCUCACCUGACCAUUUCUUGAAAAGCCUUACUCCUCUUGUUGCUGUCUUGCUCUCCUCAACAUGUCCCAUGUCUAUAUGUGCAGGGGCGGCUCCCUGACUCCCCUCCAUACACAAGCGCAGGGAAAGCAGUGUCCAAGGGCACCUGGCUACCAGGGAACAAAGGGACUGAGACUUUGCUUGAUAAGAGCACCAGGCUGGCCACAGGCAAGUGAGGUGAGUCUUCUGUUGACUCUUCUCUCUGGAGAGUGCCACUACCUCUGGGGCUUCACCAACAAGCACUGUCCUAACCUCUGGAGCUACAGAUGAAGACUCAGAGCCAGAGGCUGAGAUGAUAACUGUCCCUACCUGUGCUGUUAGCUGAGUCCUUUUUGGAUCAACUUUGUUUUCAUGCACAGUCUCCCUUUUGUUUGCUUUUUUUUUUGUACUGGGAAUCAAACUCGGGACCUCACGCUUGUCAGGCAGGUACU